UAAUUGUUGUGAUAAACUUAUUAAAUAGAUUAAGCAUAAUAUGGGCCCCAGCACUAAACAUCAAACGCGUAACGCACCCUUUCAAGAAAAAGACAAAUGCUUUGUGAUGCACAGAGAUCAGCUGUAUGAGGCCAAGGUGGUCAAAGUGGAAGCGGAAAGUGAUGGGAAUAAGAGGUAUUUGGUGCACUAUAACGGAUGGGGAAACAGACACGAUGAGUGGAAGGCUCACUCCGAACUGCUCCGAAUAACUGAAGAAAACAAGAAGAAACAACAAGAGCUGCGGAGAAAUGCUCAAUCGCCAGAACCUUCGACAGAUCGCAGUCGCAAGAACAAAUCAGCUUCUAAAGACAGAGAUACUCCUGGAUCAUCGUCGAGGAAACAGAAUUCAUCUGGAAACAAGUCAUCGAGUAUAGCAGGCGAUGGAAUGGACACUUCAGAUUUGUCCAGUGGAAGACCGGACUCGCCAGACUCCGUGAAGAGCGAGGUGUCUUGUUCUAGCGGCAAGGGCAGUGUGGGCGAGGGUAGUAGACCUAAGGCUACUGGUGCCUCCAAAACGCCUCUGAGAUCAUCUCGUAAUAUUGACGCUGGAUCCACAUCAGAGGAGAAACAACCUCGAAAAAGACAAAGGAAAGAGGAACCGCAUGGACAAGGAAGUCCGGAAGCCAAGAAAACACUGGUGAAACUAGAAACUGAGGUAGUAGAAACGACGUCAAAAUUGGACGCCGCAAAACCACAACAAACAAAACUAACUCCUGAUUCUGCCAAAACAAAUAAAACGACUCCUGAGUCAAACGCGAAAACCGGUCAAGUUUCACUCACGGUAGAAAUUCCGAGAGCCCUGAAAGAGAUUCUAGUUGACGACUAUGAUGCAGUAGUUCGACAAAAAAUGCUGGUUGAUAUUAACAGUCCUAAGUCAAUAUCAGUGUGGCAAGUUAUCGAAGAUUUCGUGCUUGAAUGUGACAACGAGCUUGGACAUCAUGUGGCGUAUGGAGUAAGAGAUUUGUUCAAUGUCGUUCUGGGCUCGAACUUAUUAUACAAAUUUGAAAGACCUCAGUAUGAUGAAUUGAUAAGUCAGUCUUCAAAAGAAAUUGAAAUGUGUAAAGUUUACGGACCUGAGCAUUUUUUGAGAUUUUUCUUGAAGAUAAAUGAGUUUAUGCAAGAAGCGAAGUUGGGAAAGAAUAAUUUAGCAACUAUUGUUCCUCAUAUGAAAACUAUGGUUGAGUUUUUGACGAGUAAUGUGGGCAAGUAUUUCGACUCCAAGAAUCGUUAUGUGCCGUCUUCUGCUGACUACCUGAGAAAGAGCAUAGCUGAUUAUGACCAGUAAACUUUCUAUUUUGGUCUCGAAACUCAAAAACUGAACUUUUUAUGCGAUUGUUGUUAGUUUGACAUUAAGUUGUUUUGGAGGUUAAUUUGAUUUUGCAAAUAUUG